GCAGCAUCAGCACCAUUUCCAGCAGUUCCGCUUCCGCGAACUGGCCGCUGCCUGAGAACCAGGCUGCACUCCCUUCUCCGCCCGGGGUUCUCCGUCAACGUGCAGAUCGCCGUCAGACUGAGCGUGUGGCCGCCACUUGCGGACGUGCUCGUGCUGGCGGAAUCUCCCCAGCCCCUCUAGCUGAAGGCAUCGGGAACCGAACUCUCGUCUCCGAGCUCGACUGCGGACGAAUCCUGGGGCAGCGCGCCUUCCGACAAGCGGCCGUCGUGCGGCGCGGAGGGAUACGCCUCGGCCGUGCCUCCCCUCCCCUCCCCGCGCCCGCGCCUCCGCCCCCGUCUCCCUCCCCGCCCGGCUCUGCUGCCGCCGCGGCGGCCGCUGAUGCUGCUGCUGCCGCCGCCGCCGCCGCCGCCGCUGCCUGGAUAUAGUGCGGCAAGGAGCGGAGCUUGCAGUCACUUUGCAAGGAGGAGCGCGCGGGCUGCGGGCGGCUGGGGCACCCCAGCAACGGCGGCGGCUCUAGCAGAGGCGGCCGUGACAGCGAAAGGUUCUCUCUCCGGGGCUGGACUUAAUAACUUUGGAACUGUCCACCAGUGUCACGUCCUGAACAUGAGCCUCCUCCUCUCCUUCUACCUGCUCGGGUUGCUUGUCAGUAGCGGGCAAGCUCUUCUUCAAGUGACAAUUUCACUUAGCAAAGUAGAGCUUAGUGUGGGUGAAUCUAAAUUCUUCACAUGUACAGCAAUUGGUGAACCUGAGAGUAUAGAUUGGUAUAAUCCUCAAGGAGAGAAGAUAAUUUCAACACAGAGGGUAGCAGUGCAAAAGGAAGGUAUUAGGUCAAGAUUAACCAUCUACAACGCAAAUAUAGAAGAUGCAGGGAUAUAUCGUUGUCAAGCAACAGAUGCCAAAGGACAGACACAAGAAGCGACAGUUGUUUUGGAAAUAUACCAAAAACUCACUUUCAGAGAAGUGGUGUCUCCUCAAGAAUUCAAACAAGGAGAGAAUGCAGAAGUGGUUUGCCGAGUCAGCAGUUCACCUGCACCUGUCGUCAGCUGGUUGUAUCAUAAUGAGGAAGUCACCGCUAUUUCCGACAAUCGGUUUGCUAUGUUAGCCAACAAUAAUCUGCAGAUUCUCAACAUCAAUAAAAGUGAUGAAGGUAUAUACAGGUGUGAAGGAAGAGUAGAGGCUAGAGGAGAAAUUGACUUCCGUGAUAUCAUCGUUAUUGUCAAUGUGCCGCCAGCCAUCACGAUGCCUCAGAAAUCCUUUAAUGCCACAGCAGAGAGAGGAGAAGAGAUGACAUUUUUCUGCAGGGCCUCUGGCUCUCCUGAGCCCAGCAUCUCCUGGUACAGGAAUGGCAAAUCCAUUGAAGAAAAUGAAAAGUACGUAUUGAAAGGGAGCAAUACAGAACUCACUGUCAGGAACAUAAUCAAUAGUGAUGCAGGCCCUUAUGUAUGCAGAGCCACAAAUAAGGCAGGAGAAGAUGAAAAGCAGGCACUUCUCCAAGUCUUUGUACAGCCUCACAUAAUACAGCUUAAAAAUGAGACUACAUAUGAGAAUGGUUAUGUCACACUGAUCUGUGAAGCAGAAGGAGAGCCUAUUCCAGAAAUCACUUGGAAAAGAGCAGUGGAUGGCAUCACUUUUUCCGAAGGCGAUAAGAGCCCAGAUGGCCGUAUUGAAGUCAAAGGGCAGCAUGGAAGUUCAUCACUGCAUAUUAAAGAUGUGGUGUUGUCCGAUUCAGGGAGAUAUGACUGUGAAGCUGCAAGUCGAAUUGGAGGGCACCAAAAGAGCAUGUACCUUGAUAUUGAAUACGCUCCCAAGUUCGUAUCAAACCAAACAAUUUAUUACUCUUGGGAAGGAAAUCCAAUCAAUAUAAGCUGUGAUGUGAAAUCUAAUCCACCAGCAUCAGUACAUUGGAGAAGAGAGAAAUUAGUCUUGCCAGCUAAAAACACCACUAAUUUAAAGACAUAUAGUGCAGGGAGAAAAAUGAUAUUAGAGAUUGCACCCACAUCUGACAAUGACUUUGGACGAUAUAAUUGCACAGCCACUAACCGUAUAGGAACAAGAUUUCAAGAAUAUAUUCUUGCUUUGGCUGAUGUGCCAUCCAGUCCCUAUGGAGUGAAGAUUAUAGAGCUGUCGCAGACCACAGCCAAGGUUUCUUUCAGCAAGCCGGACUCCCAUGGAGGUGUGCCUAUUCAUCACUAUCAAGUGGACGUCAAAGAGGUGGCAUCAGAAACCUGGAAAAUAGUACGCUCCCAUGGAGUUCAAACAAUGGUUGUUUUGAGCAACCUGGAACCAAAUACGACGUAUGAAAUCAGGGUUGCAGCUGUAAAUGGAAAAGGUCAAGGAGACUACAGUAAAAUAGAAAUUUUCCAAACAUUGCCAGUUCGUGAACCAAGUCCUCCAUCCAUUCAUGGACAGCCUAGCAGUGGGAAAAGCUUUAAACUCAGUAUCACCAAACAGGAUGAUGGAGGGGCCCCUAUUUUGGAAUACAUCGUGAAAUAUAGAAGUAAAGAUAAAGAAGACCAGUGGCUAGAGAAAAAAGUGCAAGGAAAUAAAGACCAUAUUAUUUUGGAGCAUCUACAGUGGACAAUGGGGUAUGAAGUUCAAAUUACAGCAGCCAAUAGAUUGGGAUAUUCAGAACCAACAGUCUAUGAGUUCAACAUGCCACCGAAGCCCAACAUUAUUAAAGAUAAAUGCUGUGAAGCGAAUAAAGGCGAAAAUGGAAGCCAGUCAUGGCAGCUGAAUGCUGCUGGGUUUUCUUUCAUUAUAGCCAUAAGUUUGUCUUGCAUGUUUUAAUGUCAUUAUAUCAUAUGAUAUUUCCUUUUAUGCCCUGCAAAUUUACAAGGCUGAUCUAAAAUUAUAAUAAAAUAUUUUCUAAGGUUCAACUAAUUAUGCAUGUAUCCUCACCCGUGAACAAUUAGCCUUUUUUCAUUCCCAAUUUGUUGAAUAUUAGUGUAGAUAAUUUGCCAGAAAAUUGCUGAAGGAAGCUGAACCAGGAUUGUUUCUUCCAGGUACCAGUUCACAGUAUAACUUGCUUCAUUCUAAACUUUAAUUUCUAAAAUUUAUGAUAUUAAGUAUCAUAUCACCUUCACUUGGAACUUAAGCAUUUACUACAUCUAACUUUCAUUUGAUUAUUUUGAAUAUAUAACUCAGUAUUCAUGACCAUACAUUGUAUAAAUAGAAAAUUUAUUACGUAGAAUUGUGGAUCUUUUAAUAUUACUUCCAAUUGUUAUUCUUUUCAAUGUAUGUUUCCAACUUUAUAAAUGUUUAUACUAUUUCAUAGUGUUUACCAUUUAUAUAAAUCAUAAACCUAAUGACUUUAUUAUAUUAGUUGUGUAUUCUAUUGUGCUGCCUUAUUUUCCUUUCAUUGACCUAAAAUGUCAUAAGGAAUAAAAGUAAAAGAGUUUCUUUUCUUCAAUUCAAAUACCAAGUUUUAGAAAAAAAUCCACCUUUUUUUUAUUAAGUGAAAAUAUCUUUCUGCAGUUGCCCCAAAGUAAAUAAUAAAUUAAAUGUUUAAAAACUUGCACCCUGUGCACUAGAUUUGAAUUGUGUUUUGAGGGGGCAUCACAUAUUCCUAGUCUAACAACAUAGGCUCUUUUUAUUACUUUUUUCCUGGACACCUGAGUCAAUUGCUUUGGAAGGAUCAGAGAGAUAAGUAAAUAUUUUAGCUACUACUUUUAAGACACUGAAAUUGAGAUGAGAAGGAGGUUACUAGAUUCCAGCCUUCAGAGGAGGCUUGAUUUGAGGGAGUAGCAUGAGUAAUGUUUUUUAUAUUCACAUUUCCAUUCAUUACAAAAUGAGAAAAGAGUGUUUUGUGGUUUUACCACCAAUCACACCCUAGAAAGUGAUUCUUUUUACUCAUUGAGGACAAUUAGGAAGCAAUCAAAUUUACAUCUAUUAACAAAAAUGACCAUAAUUUACAUGGUAAAUCAAAUUAUUGAGUUCUGGGCUUUGAGAUUCCUUCAUCAAAACUAUUUUGUUGCGUGAAAGUAUUUUCUUUUUUAAAAGAAAUACCUAUACAUUAUUCAUGUAAGGUCUAAAGGUAGACCUGCAUUUGGUAGUCUGUUUUCUUAAAUUUAUCUUUUCCAAACUCUUUGCUAUUGACUGCUGUACUUCAGUGCAGAGGUGACUCUUCCACAGGGUAAACAUACUUAUGCAUGUCUUCUCUCUCCCCUGCUGAGACAAAGGGAUUUCCCAAUUCAAUUCCUGCAGUAUGGGAAUUUAAUCUAUUUAUUGGGAAUGAUUUAAUUUUAAAAUUAAAAUAGUAAAUAGUCAGUGUACUGUUGAUUAAAGAACUAAUUAUAAUUGCACAUUACACUCCAUGAUUGCAUAUUACAUUCCAUGGGUUUGGAUAAGACCUGUAGGUAUGUUGAUUACUAAUAUGUAACAAGUACUGGGAAAGAAAGAAGUUCCAAAAACACUUUUUAAACAAUUAAAUAGUUUUUCUCAUUCAUUAUAACCUGACUGGAUCUCUCCAAUGAGUUGUAAAUAUUUCCAUGAGAAACUCAUAGAAAUUGUCUUGAUUUAGUAUAUAAUUACAUGAUAAUUUUGUUGAGAAUGUAGACCAUGUCUUUUUUUUUCUUUUUUGGUCUUUUUGCCUUUUCUAGGGCCACUCCCAUGGCAUAUGGAGGUUCCCAGGCCAGGGGUUGAAUCACAGCUGUAGCCACCGGCCUACGCCAGAGCCACAGCAACACGGGAUCCGAGCUGCAUCUGUGGCCUACACCACAGCUCACGGCAAUGCCAGAUCCUUAACCCACUGAGCAAGGCCAGGGAUCAAACCCGCAACCUCAUGGUUCCUAGUCGGAUUCGUUAACCACUGCACCACGACGGGAACUCCUAGACCAUGUCUUUAGUAAGAUAAUAGUGUUGAUUUUUUUUUUUUGGAAAUUAUAUGUUCUGUAAAUGAAAGUCACCAAAAAAUGUUGUGAAGAAUAUUCAGUCUGGUUUACAUGAUACCGAGACUUACUUUGGAUAGUUCAGAAAAGAACUUAAAAUUAAAAUUCUAAUAUCUUAGAAUUAUUUACAUUUAAUGAUUUUUUCAUUUAGAUUUUCUAAAUAUCUAAGUUCAAAUCAAGAUAUUAAUGCUAAAAUUAAUAAGCUGUCUAUUUAUCAUUUGGCCAAAUGUCCUUUCUUAGAUGAAUAGAUUUUCAUAGUUCUAAGAUAUACAUAAACUAAAAAAAAUUAUUAAACAUCUUAAAAUAAUAGACUCUCUGCUUUGCUUUACAUUUAUAAGGAAAGGAAAGCAGAAAACUGUAAACAAUGGAGCUAUUGCAUUUCAAAACAUGAGAUAUUAGAGAUUGUAAAUUACUUCUUGGAUAUUUAUUUACAUCUUAAUAAUAUGUAAGUGUUGCUGAAUUAUCUUUUUCUUACCUGAUCUUUACUUUUGUUAUAUGCAAUCAUAAAGUGUAACUGACAGUGCAUUUUUGCCUAAUUAGUAUCUGCUGUAAGUCUAAAUAAAUAUGAUUAUUGGUAAGUAAGUCAUGAAAAAUUUCCCUAGUGUCAUCUAAUGACUUUUUUUCAUCCAGUGGAUUUUGAAAUAAAAUUCUGUGUCUGAAAUGUAGAAAUAUGAACUUGUGUGUAAGGUGAGUUUUAUGUUAUUCACUAUAUAUAAUCAGAAAUAUGUGCCCAUGUUUAUUUAUGUAUAUAUUUUAUCAUCAAAUGUUAAAUCAUUCUAAAAGUUUGUCUUGACUGUUUUAUAACAUUUAUAAAGUUAGGUUGAUUUGCUUAUACAUAUGUGCAUAUGGAGUACUAGGAUUAGUUUUUAAUGUAAACUUGAAUGUGUCCUUUCUUCUUCCAAUCCUUUUGCAGUUCUAUCUUCUUUCUUGCAUUUAUCAUCCUGUCUCUCUACCCCAAUUCAAAGUCUGAUUAUUUCUCAGCUAGAUAUAAGGCCUUAUCAGACCACAUUUCAGAUAGGCUAACAGAUUAUGCUUAGGAGGUAGCAAUAAAAGCCUCUUUCCUAUGAAUUUUUUUCUCACAGGGAGAACCUUACAUAAAUUGUCAUUUUUAAUCCUCUCUGUCUUAAUAUUAAUAUUCAUUGGGAAUAAAGGCAUUUUAUAAACUCUACCCAUAUUCUUUCCCAAACCAUUAUGCAAGUGUCCAGAUGUUCGUUCAUUACUGGCAGAAAUGAUCAGCAUUGAAAUUCUUAAUUAUUUUGUUCAUUUUUCUUAGUAUUUUUUCUUUUUCUUAGCCUAAAGCAUCUCAGGUGUUUAACAAUUUUAAAUAAAUGAAUGAAUAAACAAAUUCUAGACAUUGGCUUAUCAUUGUAUAUGUCAAUAACAUGUAUAAAACAAAUAGUUGCACAACUUUAUUGCAGAUAAUUUUGACUUUUUAAGUAGUCAUCAUUUCCUUUAAAAUUAAUAGUUAAAAUUGGAGUUCUCUUGUGGGUGAGUAGGUUAAAGGUCCAGCACUGUCAUUGUUGCAGCUUCGGUUGCUACUGUGGUUCGGGUUCAGACCCUGGCCUGGGAACUUCCACAUGUCAUAGGUGUGGCCAAAAAGAAAAAAAGAGAGAAGAGAAUAAAAAUAAAAUUAAUAGUUAAAAUUACAAGUAUGCAUAGUAGUUCAUAGCUUUUACAAUUUGGGUUAAUUUAUAAAUCAUUAUACCACCAUUUUCUAUAUAAGAAUUCCCAUUAAUUAUAUUUAAUUAAAAUUAAAAUAAUGAAAAUUCCACAAUAUUUUUAAGUCUGGACAGCUGGAUUCAUGAUUACUCAGUUAUAUUGAACAAAAUAGAGUGUGCAAGGGAAAAUUGGACCAUGUAUUUUGGAUAUUGAUGAGUACUUUCAGAUACAUGGAAAGUAUUUUAUUUAUUAACAUAAUAUACCUACACUAAGAAUGAAGAAAUAAGAUUACAAAUGAUUUUAGUAAUUCAAGAUGGAUGCUUAUACCACAAAUAUAUUAGUUAAGUAUAUUUGGAUUUAGCUUUCAGAAAUAGCUAGUAUCAUAUUUAAUACUUCCAGUUCAUAAUAGUUAAUUAAGAAAUAUCUCUAGUCAUGUAAAAUUAUCUGAAAAUUUCUGCCCAUUUGUUUUUGAUAAUGAUAUUUGCAGGAUUAAGAGCUUUAAAUAAAUAACCUCUUAUGACACUACCUAAAUUAAAUAUUAUCUUACCUAAAUCUGUAAGGCAUUAUGUAAUAUCCUUUAAACCACCUUUGACUAAGUACUAUUUAAGUAUGCUUUUUCUUAUUUGGUUUUAUUUCCUUUAAUUCUUCCUUUUAAUUUUUUUCUGUCUAAUAUUUUCUCUCUCCCUCCCUUCCUCUCUAUUCUCCAUCUCAAACUCUGGUCAUGAAUAAAUAGUGUUAAUUUAUUCUGUACUUUUUUGUAAAUCACUGUUAAAUUUUAAAAUUUUGGAAUUUGUGGUGUGUGUGUAUGUCAUAAAGCCUUUAACAAGGCUAAUGCAUUGAAUGGAUAGCUUAAAUUUAUAUAUUUUAAAUGAUUGAAAACACAAAUUUCUUCAAAUAGCUCUGAAAUUAUUUCCAUAUAAGUCAAAAUUGGUAAAAAGUCUGUAUUUAAAUAAGCUGAUUUUGUCAUUUAAAAUGGGAGUAUUAUUUCAUCCUAUUAAUACUUGAUAGUUAAUCUUAGAAUUCAGAAAAUAUGAACAGUAAAUUUUAGGUGCUAACUGAAGGAAAAAAUCUUUCUAACAUCUAAUUAACAUAUUCUUUUCCAAGUUACCAUAUAAACAAGAGUAUUUUCUAGAGUUAACAUUUUUAAUUUUUAAUGUAAAGUUGUAUAUUAUUUUUUUAUUUCAUGCUACUUAAAAAUUUGAUAUAAUGCAUGAAAAUUAUUAAAGUGAAAUUUUCCAUCCAACAUUUAUAUGAAGGAAAGGAUUCAGUAAGUAUAAAUCUAAUUUAAUUGUUCUGAAAUAAAAUGGAGAUGGGAGUUUAAUAUCAGUAAUUUUUUUCCAAGUACCUCUGGUUUCCUUAUUUUAAGAUUAUGAACUGGAUAGACAUCUCUGGUUGUAAUCCACCCCUUCUUCAUAGUUAUUAACUAAUUGAAAGCCUAAAAUAUCUGUCCCUAAAUGUUACAGAAAAAGAGGGUUAUCCUAUAAAAUGUUUAGAAAAAUUGAAAUACAUACUAGCCAAGGAAAGCACAUAUAUUCAAAAUUCUAUUAGUAUAUCUGAGGUGAUCUGAACUGCAGCUGAUGUCCUCAUGUCUUUGUUGGUAGAUAAUUAUUUGAGCUAGUUUUUAAAAGUAUGCUCAUACAAGUGUAAUUAAAUUUUAAGUGGAACUAGUCCAAUGUUGUUUGUGUUAAGUCUAGAUAUUGCAAAAUUUCUUAAUUUGUGUAAGUUAAAGUUAAAUUCAAGUAUUCUUCAUCACUCCACUUUAGGUAAUAGGCAUAUAGUUACACAUUGCAUAAUACUAAGAAGUAGCAUAAGUUUUAAAAUAUACCAUAUUUAUUUUAUUUUAUCUAUUACUAAAUGACACUAUGAAAUAAAUCUCUAGAAAAUCAUUUUUUUUCUAAAGGCAAGCAAUUAAAAAUUACUGUUUAAAAUAACAUCCACAAUUCAUGAACUUCUUUCAAAAAUAUUUUUAUCUCACAUCUUACAUUGAUUCUGUGUAUAACACUUCUGUUUUUAAAGUGACUAUUUCUGAUCAUUUUAAUUGCAUUUGUUUUCAUCAUAACUUAUUUUCUUGGGGAAAAAUGUAUGUUAUAUAUGUAUUGUCCUCAGUAUCAUUUCUUAUUUAAAACCCCUGACAUAAUAUCCAGCACUAUGUGUAAUCCUAUGCAUGAGUUUCAUAGUAUAUUAAAUGUCAUUUUAUUUUCUGUACCUCUGUGUCUCCAUUGUUGUAAUAAAGAAAACUGACGAAAA